AUGGCCACUGACCGGGAGCCGUUUCUGCAGAUGAGGAACGAUGGGAACGCGCACCUCACUGUCUUCUUUGAAGGUACUGCCAACACAAUCAAGCCCUUGACCACGCAGAUAGGGCUCUUCUUCACAUUGACAGAUGCCUUUGAUGUCACUGGUGGACACUUGGGCGGAGUAGCUUUGGGUCAACCCAGGAAGAUGGCCUUCGAUGGCUGCGGAGUCACGGAUGGCCUUUGUGGCACGCUUUGUGCGAAAGGACUUCGCCAUCAAUGCGGCCUGGUGCGAAGACAGGUUGACAAUCUCCUUGCCGAGCUGCAGGGCCAGACUCAGAAGCUCAAAGUGAAUGCUGUGGGCCUUUCACGUGGUGGAAUCGCAUGUUCAUAUCUCGCACAGGUCAUGUCAGACAUUCCUGCUUCCCGUUGUGAGUUGUCUCUUUUGCUGUUUGAUCCUGUCCCGGGCGACCUGCUUACGGUAGCACAGCUGGAUCUGCUGGGUCUGACCAACACCUUUGCCUCCAAAGACCUCUCCAACUGCCUAUGUCUGAGCCGCGUCUUGGCGCUCUACCCUUAUGAACCGCUGCCGGCAAUCCUGUGCCAUGCACCGGUGCUGUGCCGCUAUCCAACGCACUGCAUGGUGGAGGAAGAGGUCACCUUGGGAUGUCAUCAAGGAGCACUGAUGGCCUAUGGCUUGCAAGGACCACAUAUCGACUUACCUUCAUCCCUGUGUUUUUUGCGUAUCAGACGUUGGCUCAUCGAGUGUGGAACGCCUCUGGAUCACCGGCACUUGGACUGUACUGUCUCCGUUCGAAACCUCGAGGAGCAGUGCCUUCAACGAUGCAAUGCUGAAGCAAAGAAGGUGCGUCCCUCCUCGAGGUGUUCUCACUCUGCCUUUAGUUACUGGGGCGCCAGCAUUGUGCGCAAUCGUCCUGAUCGUGGUGUCCAGUACUUGAACGAACAACAUCGGCUUCUGGCUGGUGUUGCACAGGUGGAGGAUGAGAAAUUGCUGCUUGAAAUUCGAUCGGACCGAACUCCGUUUCCAUCGGGUCUUCUUUGCUGUUUGGCCUUCAUUGCAGUGCUCUUGGUGUUCCCAUUGUUAUUCCAAGGUUGA